AAAAUUGAUUUUUUUUUUACAAUUUUUGACAAAAAUUGUGGCAAAAAUAUACUCCCUGAAGUCUUGCUCCUUAGUUGACUUGGACCAUUCUGAUUGAUUUUCCGCACUCUCGUUCCGUACAUUCACCGCCAAAUUGGCUGGAAGAAGACGCCAUAGAAUCAUAUCAUCGUAUCGCAGCGGCUUGAGGGUUAAACACGAGAACCCAGUUUAGAUUAUUCCGCUGUUGGCAUCAAGAAAAAGUAGAAAGAAUAUGCUUUCAAAGUUGAAGUUUAUCCCACGUGACCAACUACACGAGGAAAAGAAUAAGGACUCAGACGAUUCCCAGAAACAUAGACAAAAAUCUGGUCAUAAAAGGACAAAGGAUAGAAAGAAGAAGCGUUCUUAUUGUAGUUCAGAUGAUGAUCUUGAAAGAGUAAAAACAAAAUCAAGGAAAAAGAAGUGGUAUGAUUCAGAUAAGGAUAUUUCCUCUCAUUCAGAUGGUAGUAAUAGUGCUUCAGAUAUUUCUGAGAAAAAGCAAAAUCAUACUAGUAGGAAUAAAAGCCAGAAAAGAAAACACAGAAGGAGGUCAGAUGAUGAUGCUAGAGGCUGUUCCAAGAUUAAAGAAAGAAGUCAAAGAAAAGAUGUUUCCUCUGAUGGGUCUUCAUCUGAUGAAGCUGGCGGUAAACCCGAUAAUGAAAGUGUAAGGAAAGAAAUGGGGUUGGAGUGGAUGCUCAGGCCUGCGGAGAGCUCAGAGAAGGCCCGGAAAACUGCUGACAGUAAACUUGAAGAAAAUCUUGCUCUACCUCAAACUCAGGAGACUAGAACAGUAAAUCCACGAGAACUAAAUCCAUAUCUGAAAAAUAAUGGAAGUGGUUAUCCUGAAGAUUCCGAAGGAAACAAGGCUGGUGUUGAACAAUUUUUGUCAUCUGCAGUUGUUGGUGAUGGAGGUGCAAGCUGGAGGCUAAAAUCUUUAAAGCGAGCUCAAGAACAAGCGGCUCGUGAAGGACGAAAGCUAGACGAGGUAGUUGAAGAGCGGUGGAGCUCACUUAACCAUCUGGCUGUUUCUGUUGCAUCCCAUAAAGCUGCCCCCACCCAUGCUCAUCUUCAUGCCAUCAAAAGUAGGAGACAAGGUUUAAAGGAGAAUGAAAUUGCAGACAAUCCUGAAAAGGGAUCUCUUGAGAAGAAAGAAGCUGAAGAAAUGAAAGCAAAACAAGGUGCUUGUGAUGGUAAAGGUGAUGAGUCCCAUAGUCGUCGUAUUGAUGGAAGCACAAGCAGGUAUAUUGUGCAUGAGCUGUCCAGUAAACAGAAGAAGAAAGAGGAGGAUGCUGACAUGCAUUUGGCUCACAAGAUUGUGCGACACCAACAAUAUAGUAUAUCUAGUCGGGCAGAUGAUGAAUAUGACUAUGAUGAUGUUCCAAUGAAAAAGAGCCGGAAGAGAGUAGGGGAAACUGACUGUAAAUCUGCCAAGAUAACUAGCUAUGCACAGGGCAUAGUGACUCAACAGGAGCGCUGUCAAUUCUGCUUCGAGAACCCUAAAAGGCCAAAACAUUUGGUUGUGGCCAUUGCAAAUUUCACUUACUUAUCAAUACCACCGUGGCAGCAAGUUAUCCCUGGUCAUUGUUGCAUUUUAACUCUGCAGCACGAAUCAGCUACAAGAUCUGUUGAUGACAACGUGUGGGAGGAAUUCCGAAACUUCAAGAAAUGCCUUAUUAUGAUAUUUGCACAACAAGAAAAGGAUUGUGUGUUCCUUGAAACUGUCAUGGGACUGGCGAAACAGAGACGUCAUUGCUUAGUUGAGUGCAUCCCUAUACCGCGAGAUGUUGGGAAGCAGGCACCAUUAUAUUAUAAAAAGGCCAUUGACGAGGCAGAAGACGAAUGGAGCCAACACAACGCGAAGAAGCUAAUUGACACAAGUGUGAAAGGGUUGCGGGCUUCAAUCCCCAAGGACUUCCCGUACUUCCACGUGGAGUUUGGUCUGGACCGGGGGUUCGUCCACGUCAUCGACGAUGAGAAAGAUUUCAAAAGCAGUUUUGGUCUGAAUGUGAUCAGAGGCAUGCUGAAGCUGCCCCCAGAGGAUAUGCACCGCAGUAGGAGACACGAAUCUGUGGAGGCACAGAAACAUGCUGUUGCAAGUUUUGCCAAACUUUGGGAGCCUUUCAACUGGACAAACCAACUCCGAUAACAUGUGAUGUCUCUCGCUACAGCUCCUUCAUCUUCUUUUCCAUGAAUCUGUAACUGUAAAACAAUUUUGCACCACUUGUUAUCAGCAUUGUGAAAAUGAAUGUACGAAAAUGAUUUGUUUCAUACUCCAUCUGUCCCAGUUUAAGUUGUCUUGGUCAAAUGUUAACCACGUUUUUUAUCCAUUU